AUGACGAACUCCAUGGGUCCCCCUCCCCCCAUAAGCCCUAAUCCACCUGAUAUAGUCCCGUCAAUGUCUCCUCCUCGCGACUCAGCAGAACCCCAACCGCCACCGCGGCCGCCUCGCGAUUUGCCCAAGCCUCCCUCGCAGGACGUCGCGGUUCCCUACAAAAUUCCCCCAUGGAGCGCGGCCCCUUGUCACCAGUUCUACCUGGAGGUUCUCAAGGACGGUUCCAUCAUCGACAAAUUCGACGUGUGCGCGAAAGGAGCUUACAUGUUCGGCCGAUUGGAUCUCUGCGACUUCGUGCUCGAGCACCCCACCAUUUCUAGGUUUCAUGCGGUUAUUCAGUUUAAAAGAAGUGGAGAUGCAUAUAUAUAUGAUAUUGGGAGUACUCAUGGAACCUUUUUGAACAAAAUUCAGGUGGAAAAGAACACAUAUGUUGACUUGAAUGUUGGUGAUGUCAUUCGAUUUGGCCGGUCAUCUCGCUUGUUCAUUUUUCAAGGACCGUCUGACCUGAUGCCUCCUGAAACUAAUGCAAAACUUAUGAACGAAGUGAAGAUGCGAGAAGCUUUUCUAGACAGGGAAGCUUCAGUCCGAAGAGCUAGGCAGGAAACAUCUCUUGCUGAGGGUAUAUCUUGGGGCAUGGGUGAGGAUGCUAUUGAAGAAGAAGAGGAUGAUGCUGAAGAAGUGACGUGGCAGUCAUACAAAGGACAACUUACAGAAAAACAGGAAAAAACCCGGGAGAAAAUAAUAAAAAGGAUGGAAAAAAUUGCUAAUAUGAAGAAAGAAAUAAAUUCUAUACGAGUUAAAGACAUUUCUCAGGGUGGAUUAACUCAAGGUCAACAGGUUCAGAUUGCUAGGAAUGAACAGAGAAUAACGCAGGUAAUGUUGGAGAAAACAAGACGGACAAGAACCUUAUAUAAUAUACUGGAAGAACUUGAAAACUUGGAAGAAACACUGAAUGAUAGUAUUCGGGAGAGUCUCGGUGCACGGACAGGAAAAAUGUCUAAUGGGAAGAAGAAAGGUGCAGUUGAAGAGGAAGAAGAAUAUUUUAGUGAUGAUGAUGAAUUUUAUGAUCGUACCAAGAAAAAGCCUUCACAUCAGAAACCUGGUGAAAACCAAUCAGUUGAGACUGCAGAUACUCUUCUUGACAAGAGAGAUGCCAUCACCAAUGAAAUGAAUGAAAAGAAAGAGAUGCUUAUGAUUGAAAAGAACAAUAUGUUGUCAAAGUCAGAGAGUGCCUCGCAAGUUGAGGUUGGCGAUUCACUUGACGUGUACAUGUCAGGGCUUUCAUCUCAACUAGGACAUGAUAAAAGUGUGCAACUUGAAAAGGAAUUGUCAACUCUUCAGUCUGAGCUUGAUCGAAUAGGCUACCUGUUGAAGCUUGCUGACCCAACAGGAGAAGCUGCCAAGAAAAGGGAGUUGAUAGUACAAGAACCCAAACCAAAAAAAUCUGAAAAUACCUCUACUAUCAAGAAACCACCUGCGAAAGCACAGAAAAGCUGUGAGCCUUGUGCAAAGGCAGAUAACAAAAAAGUUAAGAAACCACAUGUGGAAACCCAGAUCAGCGAGACCUCUAUCAAAUCAAAUGACUCAAUAGAAGGAGAAAAAGCUGCAGCUGCAAUUACGGCUUUAGACAAGUCAGAACCUGGCUGUGACAAGCUGGAGGCUGAAAAUGUUGUAUUUGCUGUGCCAAGGCCCCAAUGGCUUGGAGCUGUUAAGGAUAGAGUUACAGAUGACACCCAACAGUCGAUGCCCUCUCUGCAUGUGCACGACACAGAUGAGUCCAAUCAGUUUGUGGACUACAAGGACAGGAGCAAAAUUUUGGGCAGUGGUGACAGUGCACAGACUUCAAUGGAAUCUAAAAUUGAGUCUUCUGCUGGUCUAAUUUUAAGGAAACGGAAGCAAGUUGAGACCACUGCAACAAAUAGUAAUGAUGUUGGUCAACAAUUGACAUCGUCCACGUCAGGGGAAAAAAUGGCUGAGGAUGCUGUAGCACUACUAUUAAAACACAAUAGGGGACUGUUUAGUAAUGAGGAGGAGGAAAUAUGUGAAGGCCAAGAAAGGAGGGGGCCUAAAAGAGUGCUUGGGCCAGAGAAACCGUCCUUCUUGAAUAAUGAGAUGGACUAUGACUCGUGGGUUCCUCCUGAAGGACAAUCAGGUGAUGGACGUACUUCCUUGAAUGAUAGAUUUGGCUACUAA